UUUUUUCACACUGGUUGCUUUUACACCCAUAAAGGCUGUAAAAGCAAUCAUUUCUCCUUCUCUCUGGCUGCAUUCUUGCAGCCAUUGAGAAAUACUGUGUGAGCUGUGAUUGGUCACAGCUUGUCACAUGGUACAAGGCUGUUGUGAAUAGCCUUGUACCAUGUGACCUCUGUGAUCUAUCAUAGAUUUCACAAGUAGUAAGCAAUGAUGUCAGAAGUGCUUACUACUUAAGCUACUAAACAUGUGAUCACUGAUUGGCCAAUCAGUGAUCACAUGAUCGGGACCUCACACAGAGCUCCCGUACAGCGAUCAGUGUCGCGCGCACACAGGCAGGGAAGCGGGAAGACAUUUAUAAACAGUCACCCGCUCCUGCACUGCUCCCAUCUGGCCCUCUAUAUACAUGGGCCAGACGGGAAGUGGUUAAAAUGCUUGUUCAGUCAAAAAACUUUUUUUCUU